CAAGCGCACUCGCUGACUUCUCCAUGUUUUCCAUGAAGGUGCCCAGAAUCCUGCUGUGGUUGAUGGUGGAGCUGGCGAUCAUCGGCUCCGACAUGCAGGAGGUCAUCGGCUGCGCCAUCGCCUUCCACCUGCUGUCCAAUCACAGGAUCCCCCUCUGGGCCGGUGURCUCAUCACCAUUAUCGACACCUUCUUCUUCCUCUUCCUGGAUAAGUACGGCUUGAGGAGGCUGGAGGCCUUUUUUGGUUUGCUUAUUACUAUUAUGGCCAUAACAUUUGGAUACGAGUACGUGAUGGUGGCUCCUGACCAAGGCCAGCUGCUGAAGGGGAUGUUUGUGCCGUACUGCGAAGGMUGCGGGCCGGUUCAGCUCACCCAGGCCGUCGGCGUGGUGGGCGCCGUCAUCAUGCCUCACAACAUUUACCUCCACUCUGCUCUGGUGAAGUCUCGGGAAGUGGAUCGCUCGAAGAAGAAAGAAGUAAGAGAGGCUAACAAGUACUUCUUCAUCGAGUCGACCAUUGCUCUGUUUGUCUCGUUCCUCAUCAACGUGUUUGUGGUCGCCGUCUUUGCCGAGGCGUUCUACCAGCGCUCAAACAUCGAGGUGAAUAACGUCUGCAACCAGUCGAGCAUUCCUCACUCCAMCCUCUUCCCUCUGGACAACAGAACUCUGGAGGUCGACAUCUAUAAGGGGGGAGUGGUUCUGGGCUGUUUCUUCGGGCCUGCGGCGCUCUACAUAUGGGCCGUCGGGAUUCUUGCAGCCGGUCAGAGCUCCACCAUGACUGGAACCUACUCUGGCCAGUUUGUCAUGGAGGGCUUCCUGAACCUGCGUUGGUCGCGUUUUGCUCGGGUUUUGCUGACCCGCUCCCUCGCCAUCACUCCCACGCUGCUGGUGGCCGUUUUUAAGGACGUACAGCACCUGACGGGCAUGAACGACUUCCUCAACGUGCUCCAGAGCAUGCAGCUGCCGUUCGCCCUCAUCCCCAUCCUCACCUUCACCAGUCUGCCGUCUCUGAUGAACGACUUCGCCAACGGGCUGACGUUUAAGAUCAUGGGAGGACUGGUGAUCCUGUGCGUGUGCGCCAUCAACAUGUACUUCGUGGUGGUGUACGUGACGGCGCUGAACAGCGUGUGGCUCUACGUCCUCGCUGCCUUCCUCUCCCUGGCGUACCUCACGUUCGUGAGCUACUUGGUGAGAUCAGCUUGACUCUUUGACCUUUCU